GAAGAUUUUAGGUAAGUAAGUUCCGAUGACCCACGGAUAUUAUACCACAAGCUCUACAACUAAUGCCUAGUCGAAUAGAUGUCGAGAGAUGUGUAUAAAAGAUGACGGCAUUCGCCAUGUCCUCAAAAACUCUUCUAGCUGACCGCAGAACGCCGUCGAGCGGCAAGACCGAAACCCUGAAACCCUUAAUUAUUUAAAGAACCACUUUUUGAAUUGGGAAUCAUUCAGCAACCCGUGCCAAGAUGUUCAGAAUCUUGUUCUCCCUGCAUCUCAUCAUCGUCUCUCUUCUCCUUUCAUCCUUCACACGAGCUCUUCCCUCUUCCGGCGGCUAUAUUGGCGGCGAGAACAGGUGGUAUCCGAGGCGCAUCCUAGGCGGAAUCUCGGUCGUCGACACCCCUAUCGUGCGGGCCGCAGACGCGUUCGCCAAGCGACACGCGCAGGACUUCGUGUACAAGCAUGUCAUGCGUUCGUGGCUGUUCGGUGCACUCGUUGUCCAGCACAACGAAACGCUGCGGGCAACCGUCGACCCCGAGGUGCAUGCUGUCGCCGCGCUCCUGCAUGACCUGGGAUGGGACCAGACCGAAGGCUCCCCGUUCGUCAGCCCCGACCGUCGAUUUGAAGUCGAUGGCGCCAUCGCCGCGCGCGACUUUCUCCGGGCUCACGAGGACGGCAAACGGUGGGAGGAACGUCGAGUGCAGCUGGUUUGGGAUUCCAUUGCGUUGCAUACAGAGGGGAGCAUCGCGCUGUUCAAGGAGCUAGGCGUCCAGGUCGUGUACAACGGGAUCAUGCUCGACUUUCAGGGUCCGAAGUUCGGCGUCACGGAGGAUGAGUACGCUGCUGUCGUCAAGGAGUUCCCCAGGGACGACCUGAUGCAAGGUACCAACGAGACCUUCAUCUGGCUGUGCAGGACAAAGCCUGCGACCACGUAUGGUGAGUGUAUUACGGGUUUCGGCUCGUAUCCGCUGUGAACGCAGGGCGCUAAGCUGACAAUUUUUUUCUCUUUCUCUUCCUUCUUCAGACACCUGGAUGCAACCGUGGGGGGAGCAUUACGUUUCAAACUACACAGCGGUGGGAAAUCGCGUGUUCGACACGAUAUUCCAUUGAUCGAGGAUGGUGCAUUGGUGACGUGUUGGUGUUGUAUCGUGGCCCUAUAUCGCCGGUUGAGGCAUGAUACUUCAUCAAGCAGAGAUUGGGGAUUGAAAACGUGAAAACUUUUGCGUAAACAUCCACCAAGCUGACGUGGUUGUUUUGAUCUCGCGACAAGUGCCUAUCACCAUUAGGGCGCGCAAUUCGAGACCUCAGGUUUUACUUUUGGCAGUAGGAAGAAACCGAACAAAGCCAAUCGAUGCUAAUAUACC